CGCAAGAUGGCGGCGGGAGGGGCCCAGGCUGCAGCUCUGGCCGCCGAGUGAGGGGCGGGGGGGGCCCGGGGGCGCGCGGCCCGAGACCCCCCCGGCCGCCCUUCUCCUUCCUUUGUUCCUGUGGCUGGGGGGGGUAUCCCCUCCCACCACAACAUGGAGCCAUCUCCUCUCUCCCCCAGUGGGGCCGCACUCCCCCUGCCUCUGUCGCUGGCUCCACCCCCGCUGCCCCUGCCUGCAGCCGCGGUGGUACAUGUGUCUUUCCCCGAGGUGACCAGUGCCCUCCUGGAGUCCCUCAAUCAGCAGCGGCUGCAGGGCCAGCUCUGUGACGUGUCCAUCCGAGUACAGGGCCGGGAGUUCCGGGCUCAUCGGGCUGUCCUGGCCGCCUCCUCCCCUUACUUCCAUGACCAGGUCCUACUCAAGGGCAUGACCUCCAUCUCACUACCCAGUGUCAUGGACCCCGGCGCCUUUGAGACUGUCUUGGCCUCCGCGUACACUGGCCGCCUCAGCAUGGCUGCUGCUGACAUUGUCAACUUCCUCACGGUGGGCUCCGUGCUCCAGAUGUGGCACAUUGUGGACAAGUGCACUGAACUCCUCCGAGAAGGCCGGGCCUCUGCCAGCACCACCACCGUCACUACUGCUGCAGCCACCUCCGUCACUGUCCCUGGUACCGGGGCCCCAUCAGGGAGUGGAGGCACCUUGGCCCCUGCCUCCGUGGGCUCCGGGCGCUCCCAUGCCUCCAGCCGGGCCAGUGAGAAUCAGUCUCCCAGCAGCAGCAACUACUUCAGCCCCCGGGAGUCCACUGAUUUCUCGUCUUCCUCCCAAGAGGCAUUCACGGCUUCUGCCGUGGGCAAUGGGGAGCGGCGAGGAGGCGGCCCCGUAUUCCCAGCCCCUGCGGUUGGCAGUGGGGGAGCCAGCUCUGGGAAGCUGCUGUUGGAGGCAGACGAGCUGUGUGAUGAUGGCGGAGAUGGGAGGGGCGCGGUGGUCCCUGGGGCUGGGCUCCGGCGGCCCGCUUACACCCCUCCCAGCAUCGUGCCGCAGAAACACUGGGUCUAUGUGAAGCGGGGUGGGAUCUGCCCAGCACCAGCACCCCUUGUUCCCCAAGACCCAGACCUAGAGGAGGAGGAGGAGGAAGAUCUGGUGUUGACCUGUGAGGAUGAUGAAGAUGAGGAGCUGGGGGCUAGCUCUGGGGUCCCAUCAGGGGGAGGGCCUGAGGCCACCCUCAGCAUAAGCGAUGUCCGGACUCUGACGGAGCCGCCGGACAAGGGGGAGGAGCAGGUCAACUUCUGUGAGUCCUCCAAUGACUUUGGCCCCUAUGAGGGUGGGGGUCCUGGGGCCGGGAUUGACGACUCAGGGGGGCCGACCCCCUCCUCCUACGUCCCCUCUCAUCCCCCGAGAGGCCUCCUUCCCUUGGACGUGCAGGGCAACCAGAUCCUGGUUUUCCCGUCAUCUUCGUCCUCCUCCUCCUCCUCUCAGGCUCCAGGCCAGCCACCAGGAAGCCAAGGGGAACACGGGCCGACAACGCUGGGGGGCACGUCCUCGGCGGGGAGCCUGGGCGUGGCCAGCACCCCCGGGGGGACUGGCAGUGGGGACGGGAACAAGAUCUUUCUGUGCCACUGUGGAAAGGCUUUCUCCCACAAGAGCAUGCGGGACCGGCACGUGAACAUGCACCUCAACCUGCGGCCCUUUGACUGCCCCGUGUGCAACAAGAAGUUCAAGAUGAAACACCACCUCACCGAGCACAUGAAGACCCACACAGGCCUCAAGCCCUACGAGUGCAGUGUCUGCGCCAAGAAGUUCAUGUGGCGAGACAGCUUCAUGCGCCACCGGGGACACUGUGAGCGCCGGCACCGCAUGGGCGGGGGUGGGGCCGGACCCGGACCUGGACCAGGACCCGGACCAGGAGGGCCCACCGCACCAGCCCUGCCGCCCAAGAGAGAGUCCCCUGGAGCUGGUGGGGGCAGUGGCGAUGAGGCGGGUGGGGCCACACCCCCAUCCAGCCAACGCGGCUGGUCCCCGGCCAGUGUCCCCAAGGUGGAGAUGGGCUUCAGUGGGGGUGGAGCAGCAAACUGAAGGGGCAGGCUCCUUGGAGUAGCUUCAGAAGAGAGAACAGGAGUGCCACCAUGGCCCCUGGGUGGUUUCCCACCACCCUUACUGUCUUCCUUGUAUCUCUACGGACUUGUACAUAUUCUGGAGGGGGAACCACGGUGCACCCCGCAGGCCCUGCCUCCCAAGGUAUCCCUGGAACUAAGCCCUUCCUCCCCCUCUGAUGGGUACACCCAAGCCCCAGCUCCGCAGAGCAGGGCCCACAUUGUGGUGGGGGGGGGGGCAGGGGUUCAGCAUCCUGGAGUCAAGGGUUAAGGGUCAGGUGAUUGUAGUCUGUGCCUGAAGUCUGUGUUUGUGUCGUCGUGGAGACCAGGCCUUUGACCCUCACCCUUGUCCUAGAACCUACCUUCUGUGGCAGGAAGCAUCCCUCAUUUCUGUCCUGUCUCAGCCCGUGGGGAUCCCCAACUCCGCUCUCAUGGGGUGCGGGUGGAGGGCGAGGGAGUGAGUCUUAGGAGUACAAGGUUUUAAUUUUUUUAAACAAUAAUUAAAAUAUUUAUUGGUCAUUUCA